AUGAUUGUUACUUCUUCUCGGUCAUCUAUUAACAUUAGACAUUUGGAAAAGGCCACAGUAUCUACUGGAAAAGAAGGCUUACUAUCAGAAGGAAAUGCUGCUUAUAACUGGCCCAGAUGUGUAGAUGAACUUGAAACUCAGAUGUCAAAAUAUGGGAGUCUGAAGAAAUUUUACUUCUAUCACCAGCAUCUUACUACUGUUUUUCGUAACACCAUGUUUGGGCUCGAAGGUCGUCCCCAACAUUGUUGUGCAUGGCUUGGUGUUGCUAGCAGUUUUCCCGAAUGUGCUUCCUCAAUUGUUCCAGAAGACAUUUUUGCUGCAAUAAUAACAUGGUCUAUAGGCCUAUGGAAUGACUGCAACUUCUUUAUGACACAGUUGACUAAAAUUGGUCACGAUGCAGUUCUAUAUGUUGAAUCCCUUGUUGAAUCCAUCAUGGGAGGGCUGGAAGGUUUAAUUAAUAUUCUUGACUCAGAAGGAGGAUUUGGCUCUCUGGAGAUGCAGCUUCUCCCCGAGCAAGCAGCAAAUCUCAUGAAUUUGACAUCUAGAGUAUCAACAUCCCCGAAAGUGGCAUAUGGGUUUCGAUUACCGGGCUAUGAGAGCAAUCCUGAAAAUGACAAUUCUAUCAAAAUGUUAGAAGCUGCAAUGCAGAGGUUGACAAAUCUUUGCUCAAUUGUGAACGACAUGGAACCUAUCUGCGUUCUGAACCAUGUUUUUGUACUGAGGGAGUACAUGAGGGACUGCAUCCUUGGAAACUUCAAGAGGAGUUUGCUUAAUGUUCUGAAAACUGAUAAUGAUCUUCAACGCCCUUCCGUGCUAGAAUAUCUUAUUCGCAGACAUACUGCUAUUGUCCACCUAGCCGAGCAACAUAUCAGCAUGGACCUGACCCAGGGUAUUUGGGAAAUUUUACUUGCCUCUACCUUCUGUGGGCCAGUGUCUUCUUUACACUUGUUUGAGAAACCAGCAGAUCGGCACACUGGAUCAGCUACUGAAGCCGUGUGCAACUGGUAUGUUGAAAACAUUAUCAAGGAUGUCUCUGGUGCCGGUAUCCUCUUUGCACCAUUGCACAGAUGCUUUAAAAGCACUAGACCCGUUGGCGGGUAUUUUGCCUGGUCAGUCACUGACCUUAGGGAAUUGAAAGCCUUUGUUCGUAUUUUUGGUACCUAUGGAGUUGACAGGUUGGACAGAAUGAUGAAAGAGCACACAGCUGCACUCCUCAAUUGCAUCGACACCUCAUUGCGGGCAAAUCGUGAGAAUUUGGAGGCAGUUGCUGGAAGCAUGCAUUCUGGUGACAGAACAGAAACAGAAUCAAAUAUUAAGCAGAUUGUUGAUAUGGACACAAUGGUUGGGUUCUGUAUUCAGGCAGGACAGGCAAUUGCUUUUGAUUCCCUUUUAGCAGAAGCUGCUGGUUCUGUGCUUGAAGAAGGCGCACCCUUGGUCCAUUCACUGCUAGCAGGCGUUGCGAAACAUUUACCUAUUGAAAUACCUGAGAAGAAAGAGUUUCGGAGGAUGAGAAGAGUGGCGAACGGCGUUAAUGUAGUUGGAGACCAUGAUUCUGAGUGGGUUCGAUCAAUAUUGGAAGAAGUGGGGGGUGCAAGUGACGGUUCAUGGAACUUGUUGCCAUAUUUAUUUGCGACAUUUAUGACAUCUACCAUUUGGAACACUACUGCCUUCAAUGUUGACACUGGAGGAUUCAGCAACAAUAUACACUGCUUGGCAAGAAUAGAAAAUAUUAAGCAAAUUGUUGAUAUGGACACAAUGGUUGGGUUCUGUUUUCAGGCAGGACGGGCAAUUGCUUUUGAUUCCCUUUUAGCAGAAGCUGCUGGUUCUGUGCUUGAAGAUGGUGCACCUUUAGUCCAUUCAUUGCUAGCAGUUGUGGCUAAACAUUUACCUAAUAAAAUACCUGAGAAGAAAGAGAUUCGGAGGAUGAGAAGAGUGGCAAACAGUGUUAAUGUAGUUGGAGACCAUGAUUCUGAGUGGGUUCGAUCAAUAUUGGAAGAAGUGGGGGGUGCAAGUGACGGUUCAUGGAACUUGUUGCCAUAUUUAUUUGCGACAUUUAUGACAUCUAACAUCUGGAACGCUACUGCCUUCAAUGUUGAGACUGGAGGAUUCAGCAACAAUGUUCACUGCUUGGCAAGACAACGUGUUUACAAUAAUCAUCUUAAUUCUUUUCAAGUCGUAGUGGAUUCGUCAGACUUGAAAGAGAGUAUCAACAGAAACACUCUCUCGAAUGGCCAUGUCACCGAAACCUUUGAUCCUGAGAGAGAGAAUAGUUUUUCGGCAGAAGCUAGCGUAAAGUCCACAAUGCAGCUCUUCAUCAAGUUCUCUGCCGGGAUUAUUUUGGAAUCUUGGAAUGAAAGCAAUAGGUCUAAUUUGGUUGCAAAGCUGAUCUUCCUCGAUCAAUUAUGUGAGCUCUCUCCCUACCUACCGAGAAGCUUACUGGAAUCUCGUGUACCUUAUGCCAUCCUUCGUGCAGUAUACAGUCAGUACUAUUUGAAUUCUUCAACUCCACUGGCAUUAUCUAGUUCAUCCCCCCGAUACUCUCCUACCAUGUCACUGGCACAUGCUUCUCCUGCAUCGAAGUAG